AGUCACCACAUCUCGUCAUCCAUUUAGUUCACAACCUCAUCACUCUCCAACUUUAUCACUCCGCUCUUGAGAUCCUUACCUGCUUGUCCUAAAAGUCAUUAAGAAACCAGCAACCAUUUCUUCACGCAUCAAUUCCCGUCUCACCAGCCUUCUGCGCACCAUGUCCACCACUGUCGGCAGCGCAGCGAAGGCGCCCGCGCCAUGGAAGGCGACAUUCCUCGAGCACAUCAACAAGAUGGAAUCACCCGAAUUCGUCUUCUCAUCACUUGCACAAGCUCCAAAGGGCUCACCUGUGCCAUACGUUCCCCGGGCACGCUACUGCAUCUUCCGUAGCUUCUGGGCAGAGCUGCCGGAAAACAAGCACAACGAGGCGCCCAUGAACGAGCGCGUUUUUGAAAGCGAAAUGCCCACGUUUACCACGGACGUCCGUAUGCUCAAAGUCCCUCAAGUAUUUGCCUCGAGCUCAGGUCAUGCGGAGACCAAUGAGCAGUGCCAGGGCUCCGGCGGAGGCGGACCGGUUGAGGCGGUCUGGUGGGUGAAGGCAACUGGCACGCAGUGGCGUGUCAAGGGUGAGGCCUACGUGGUCGGUCCCGAUAUUGAAGACGGUGGAGAGAGCUCGGGCGUCCGAACGGUCAAGAGCGAGGUGGGCAGCAGGAUGAGAGUCGUGCAGCCGGGCAAGGAAGGGGAGUGGAGCUGGGCAAAGGAGUUGACUGGACACUUUGGGAACAACUCUCCAGGAUUGAGAGGUGAGUAUCAAGACAAUUUGUUUGACACUGUUUUGCCCCCUUUGCCUGCAUCCAUUGCAGCUUUAGCGGCAUUCAACCAUGGAUAUACCAGCUAUUUCGUUCACAUCGCUUGCUAUUUCAACCAGGACGCGUAUCCGGCACGCAAGGGAAACGGUCAUGGGCCAUGGAAUUGGAAGGUUUUGAUGGCUGCGUCAUGCCGUCAGGCCAAGAGCACUCGAGCUCCCACAGCAUAUACGGGGCGCUGUGAAAUCCCAGUAGCCACGCGUGCUUCAGACGCUCCCCAACUUUGCCGCCAACCAGGAUUUCUCGCCCCCGUUGUAGUUACUGCGUGUCACGGUAGUUUGGGGAUGUCGUAUAACGUCACUAACACUGGCCCUCGCUUCGCAGGUACUUUCCGCGCCCCUCCUCCCGGUCGGCCAGUAAACGAAGCCUACGACGACAAGAACCUCGAGCUGGGCACGCAGGUCAAGGAUCUGAACGACCCAAUCGCGCGCAAGAAUUUCCGGGUGGUGAUCAUCAAGCCGGAGCAGGUGGAGCAGACGGACAUCAGCGACCCCGCCAAGGCGCGGCGGCAGCUGUACACGUUUGUGCCAGAGACGGCCGAUUGGAAGGCCGAGGAGCUGUGGCCGUAGGCCUUGCCUGCUCUUCCAAUUCCGGCGGAAAUAUGAAUGGUGUAGUCAUAGUCGCAUGCCACAUGCGAUCAUAAGAACAUCAAAAUGAAUAGUAGCAAACGCCAAUUGUCGAUUGCGCCGAUCGUGA